CUGUUAACAGGGGGGACGCCCAUCAGAGUGCGGAGAGAUGUCUACCGGAGUGCAGAUGGUGGGAGCGCUCCUGAUUGGCUUCACACCACUGCUUGCUUUCACGCACAAGCUCGUGGGCGGCACCGAGGACUGCGGCCGCGUGUUCAUCACGGUCUCGUCGCUGUGGCGCCCGGCCCCCCACGGCCGGGGGCUGGUGGACCGCGAGCUGGAGCUCAACUGGGACGCCUCCGGCUGUCCCCCCCAGGCCGUGCCCGAUUCCAUCGCCCUCUUCGGCGCGCACCCGCACUCCAACACGCACCCAGAAAGGCCCGAGCCCUUGGUGAGAGUGGACACAAAGGACCUGCCUGAAGGGUUCUACAAAACCAACGUGAGUCUCGGGCUGCCCAAGUACCCUGGCGGGUGGAACAAGGAAGACGCGGACAGCGCGCGGGCCGAUGGCGACCACUGCUUCCCUUUCUGGGUCGCUUCGUUUCGCAACAACUCCCUCCUGCAGUCCGCCUGCUUCAAGAUACGCCCGACCUGGAUGGGCGACAACAGGGAAGUGCUGGGGUCUGCCACGCUGACCUCCCUCUUCAUCCCCGGGACGCACAACUCCGCCAGCCACCACCAGGGGCCCACGCUCACCCGGCGGGACACGCUGGCGCGCUACCUGCUCACCCAGGACACGGACGUGUGGGGCCAGCUGGUGCACGGGGUCCGCUACCUCGACCUGCGCGUCGCCUACUACCCCUUCCUCAACAAGACGCACGGUGCCGACCACAGGUUCUGGAUAAACCACGACCUCAUCAGGAUCGGGCCCCUGCUGCCCGUGCUGCGCGACAUCAAGCGCUUCCUGACGGCCACCAAGCGGGAGGUGGUGAUCCUCGACCUUCACCGCUUCCCGGUCGGCUUCUACGGGCGGCAGGGGCGCCACCGCCGCCUCGUCACGCUGCUGAAGCAGGAGCUGGGGCCGUACGCGCUGCCCUCCUCCGCCGACCUCCGCUCCGCCACGCUUGAGCAGAUCUGGAGCCAGGACCGGCGGCUGGUGGUGGCCUACGGCGACCGCCAGGUCGCUAAAGAAUCGGCCUGGCUGUGGCCACCCCUGACCCAGGUGUGGGGCAACCAGCACGAGCCGAGCGACCUCGGCACUUACCUGCGCCAGGUCAUGGGCAAGUCGCCCGGCCACCGAGCCAACUCCGAGCUGUGGGCCGUCAUGGCGGAGCUCACGCCGACGCCCGUCGACGUCAUGUUCCGCCAGUCGGGCAGCCUGCGCCAGAUGGCCGACUCCGUCAACCGCAACGUCACCGCCUGGUUCCGCCGCCUGUGGUGGCGCGAGGCCAACGUCGUGGCCACGGACUUCUUCCUCGGGAACGACAUCGUCGGCGUCGCGGUGGAAGCCAACCUCAGGAGAGCGUCCGGCGAGCGCUGAGCCCGCUGGACGUCGCUCACGGCUCCGUUCGUUAUUUCAUUUUCUUGUCACUCUUUUUUCGAGAACCAUUCAUCAAAAUAUGUUUGGUUGCAUAAUUUUUUCACCAGAUACAAAUAAAACAUAAUGUAUUUGCAAGAUGUAAAAUGUGACACAACUAAUCUUAAUUAAUAAUUAUUAACACAUGGAUGACUUUUUACCCCUGUGAGAUAACACUUUGUAACUAUAUGGUGGAAAUAUUUGUAAUGAAAAACAAGUUUUCAUGACAAAUAUACAGAAAAAGCUUUUUAUAUAAUAGUAAUGACAAGAAAAUGAUAUAACCACAAUUUUUGUGUGUAAGAUUGAGCCAUAAGUUUGCACAUGAAUACACGUACUGUGUGCAUAACAUCCUUUUCUCCUAAACUAUUACAGAUAAUGUAGGUAUGUAAUUAUUUCAAUAAUGUUAUGCAUGGUUAAAAUUGUAAUUGAUUUAUGAUCAUCCUAGAAGGUGUAAAAAUUAUUAGACUCAAUAUAUUUUUUUUUUCUAAAAUUAAAAUUUUGCAGUCUAAAAACAUUUUUUUUUUAACCAAUUAGACAGUACAUUAGGUUUUUGUAUUCAAUGAACUAAAUUGGUUUAUAUUACACUGCUGAGUGAUUCUAUGCAGGUUAAGGAAAGCUAGAAAAAUUUAAACAUUUUGUUUUGAAUCUAAUAAUUUUUAAACUUCUGUACUUGACGUACAGCAACUGUAACCUUAUACGAAUGAUUCAAUUGACAAAAUUGUACUAUGCCUAUACUCUAUAAAUACAAUAAAUCUAUAAUGAAACUGUAUCUGUACAUGGAAUACAUUCUUAAAAUAAUGGAAGAUUUGGUAACAAAAAGUGAUAAAAAGGCAAACAGAUAAUUCCACAAUUUUUUUGUCUGUCUGAAAAUUAGUUCCAGCAAACCGCAAAACCUAUUCAAUGGUUUUGAAUAAAAAUUAGCAUGAUAAUAAAGUAUGUUGUGAACUAAAAUUUAAAA